AUGCCUGUCUCUCAGGCUGUAGUGAACCUCCGUCCUCUCGGGCUGCAAGACGACCCCCCCUACCGCUGCCUCAAGUUCACCCCCGAAAAACCUCAUACAAACAUCGGUCGGGCUUCUAAGCGGGAGUCGAAAGGCCUCGUCCCCAACAAGGCAAAUGGGUUGUUCGAUUCUAGGGUGAUGUCACGUCAUCAUGCUAGACUGGGGGUGUGCUUUGACAAGAAGGUGGUCUACAUUCGAGACGGUGACUCCAUGCACGGAACACGUGUGAAUGACAAGAAGAUCCCGACAGAGGAAGAUACCGUCAUCCAGGAUGGCGAUGUGGUUACCUUCGGGUCGACCGUAAUUCGCGGCGCUGACACGUUCCCUCCCCUCCAAGUCCGUUGUGAGAUUGAGUGGCCCCUCCCUGCGUAUGUUCCACGUGAACGAAGCAGCUUGAGUUUCGUUAAUACCAUAGACAGGCCCAGACCUAUGCCAGCGACCAAUACCUUCUGCGUCCCCGAUGAUUACGAAAGCGACGUAAAACAGGAUGCCUUGCCUGUGUCAUGUGGCACUGAUAGUGUCUCGGAGAACGGCAACUCUAUACUCUGCUCAGACUCCGAUGGCCAUUCUGUCAUGGAGGUCUCUUCGCCCUUGACAUCCCCAAUUAACAGGGACGAUACAAAGAGCCAAAUGAUCACCCUAGAUCUAACUGCUGGUGAAGAAUCUCCUGAUUUGAAUGGAUCCAAGGAAAGCCCGAUUAACCUCGACACUGAGAACCCUGAGCAGCCGCUAGUAACUCCACGAAUGACCCCACCAUCGGCUAUGGAUAUCCUUGAAGGUCCAAACGACACGAUCCAUUACCACGCCCCGGAAGAGGAUGCUGUUUCUGUCUUGGAUUCUUCUGAUGAGGAGGAUUCCAACUGGGAAGAAGAAAACGACCAGGCCGGUUCCGAAGAGGACUGGGAUUCUCAGUCUUCUUUUAGUUCUGAUGCUGAACAGUCGUUUGAAGGGGAUGAUUCAGGGGCAUCUAAUAGCCCGCGUGUCUUAGGAAUCCGCGACUUGCUAGUGUCGGACGCAAGUCUUGCACUGGGAGAAACAGACAGUCGCUUGGAUUCUGACAACGAAGCAUCUCACUCUGACGGCGAAGACCGAUACGACAGCCUCGGGCAGAACCUGAAAUAUGGUGAUGAUUUGCCGGCCCUGAGAAACAUAUCACCUGUGCUGAACCCCCAGGCCGCACGUCAUGGGAUGGCAUCGAUUGCAGCUCCACUGUUAUUAAACCCCCUACGGCCAAUUCUCUCGCUCCAGAAUAGGGGAGACUUGGAUCAUUCAGUUUCCCACAACACUUUCAUAACACCCAUGGAGUGGUGGAAUCCGCGAACUGCCGCAAAUGCAGCAUACCCUAUGCCUCUACACACCCCUCCUAGCCCCCAGGUGCCUUACAACGAUGGACCUUUCGUCAACGGUGGGCCGCUGCUGCUAGAUGAAUCCGCAAAUUUCUUCAGAGUUAACCCCGACUUAACCGCUGCAGGCAAUAUUGCGGCUGGAGAGAAGCGCAACGACACCCCAUUGAACAGUGAAGAUAGCGCUCAGAAGGAAGCAGCCAUUACACCGGAACAGCAAAGCUUCCCUUCAUUGUCUCUAGCACAGGAACUCAGACCAGAGUGUGACCCAGUUGCCGUAAAAGAAAACCGACCGCCCAAACGAAAGGCAGGGGAAUUGGACAGUCUGCUUUCAGAGCCUAUUACAGCUGCCCGGACCGCACUCCCGUCUGGAGAGUCUUCCUAUGAAGAGACCUGCUUUCCAGAUGCCCAGCCAGACGUGCCAAUGGACAAACUAGAGUCUCCAUCCCAGCUGACCGAAAUGGGUGCUGCGGAUGAACACAUGGAGGUUGACAGCCCAUCUCUGGAUGCUGGCGACACCGAACGCCAAUCGAAGCGCGCGAAGACAUCCUCUGCCGGAAACUUCGCCAGCCAUGCUGCUACAGCUGCUUUGGGGGUCGCCAUCGGUGCUUUCGGCACGAUUGCUGCUCUGGCGUCGCUCCCUCCUGAUUACUUCCAGUGA